AUCACACAAAUUGAUGUCACAAAGAGUGAUGCAACACAAAGCUGCACUCUUGAAUUCUAUGGUCAUAACCAUUGCAGAAGCAAGUCGAAGGGUUGUCUCCUGACAAGAGAUUGAAAACGACAGCAAGAAAACAUUGAGCAGUUUUUGGAUUUGUAAAGACAAAAAGGAUCAAAAAUGAGUCAGAGAAGUAAGGUUUCGACUUCUGAUUCCGAGAAUGAGAAAAUACAACGGACUUUAGCUAGAGAGAAAAACACCAUUCUGCAGCAGAAGCUAGCCACCUUGCAGCAGGAAACAGCCGCACUGGAGCAGGAAACAGCUGCACUGGAGCAGGAAACAGCUGCACUGGAGCAGGAAACAGCCGCACUGGAGCAGGAGAACAUCGCCUUGGAGCAGAAAAGAGUCACUUUGGAGCAGAAAAUAGUCGCCUUGGAGCAGAAGAACACUGCCCUGGAGCGAGAGAAUACCACCCUGGAACGGGACAACACCACCCUGGAGCGGGACAACACCGCCCUGGAGUGGAAAAUUGUCACCCUGGACCGGGAGAACGCCGCCCUGGAGUGGGAGAACACCGCCCUGGAGCAGGAGAACACCGCCCUGGAGCGGGACAACACCGCCAUGGAGCAGGACAACACUGCCCUGGAGCGGGACAACACCGCCAUGGAGCAGGACAACACUGCCCUGGAGCGGGACAACACUGCCCUGGAGCGGGAAAUAGCCACCCUGGAGCAGAUGAAAACCGCCCUGGAGCAGAAAAAGCCAAACAGACACUCUCAAGGACUGGGUUGAAAGAUGGUACUUCCAAAUAAAGAAGUGUGAUGAGGGCUCCAAGGUU